GUCUACGCGUACGCGAUGGCAACAGCUGAUCGAGAAAUCCACUUAGUUGUCAGGAAGCGUGUACUUUGGACACGAGCACGAAGUUUUAGUGGCGAGUCGCUUCCACGUAUUAUGCCGUCGUUGGUUAGGCGCAACGAGCGAAAGUACAUAGACGCGAAAUCGAUCGCGUGGUGCCGGGAACAUGAGGACGGCGUGACGAGGAACAUUGACAGCGAAAGCACCAACAGCAUCAGCAGCACCAACAUUAGCAGCAUUAUCACUCGUAUCAGCCACAGCCACAGCCACAACAACAACAACAACAACAACAACAACAAGAACAAUAAUAACAGCAGGAGCAGCAAGAGCAUUAGCGAAAGCAAAAGCAACAUCGGCAGUAAUAAUAAUUAUAACAGCAAGAAUAACAAUAAUAAUAAUAAUAAUAAAAAUAUUAAUUGGACGGACGACGACGGUAUAUCCCGUAACGUCGUCGUCGUUUACUUCGUUGUCUUCGUCAUCGAAGAAAAAAAUUAUUACGCCCGUCGUCGUGGCACCGUUUAAAGGGCCGCGUGUGCGCGCGCGCAUGCACGCACGCACGCACGCACAACGCACGACGCACGACGCUCGCGCCCGCGCCGAACGCCGAAGAACGCGUCCUCGAUCCUCGAGUAUUUCCUCCUUCAUCUCUUUUUCUUCGUCUACUUCUUCUUCUUCUUCUUUUUCUUCUUCUUCUUCUUCUUCUACUACUACUACUACUACUACUACUGUAUUGUCUAUUGGCAUUGGUACGCGUUUCCUCGUCUAAUCAACGUAUUUUCAUUAAACGUAAUCGAUCGAUCUCGAAUCGAUCGAGAGUUGAUCGUUUAUUUAACAUUAUGCCGAUCGUGUGUUCGUAGCGCGAUCGUUUAAAAAAUUUUUGUGAAAUACGUUCGUGGAAAAAAGAAACUUGUUUAGUUCGACGAGUGAAAGAAAGAGAAGAGAUAACGAAGAGAAGCGUGUAAGAACGAAA